CUCUCUUGCAUAUCUUCCUCUCAGUAAAACUGAGUUCCAUUUCCAGAGAUGGAAGACACUAGAGGCUCCAAUAUUGUGACGCUUUAGAAAUAGCAAAACCCAUCAUACAAAAUGGAAAAUUUCAUAUAUUUAGAUAUCAAGCUGCAAGAUUUUACAGGUUGUCCCAGGCAACAAGAAUGGCCGUUGAAAUGGCCAUACCCAUCUUCAAUUCUCCACCUCAACGUCUAAUUUGGUCAAAUUCCACUCACCAUUUUUGUUUUUCCUCUUUCUCUCCAUUUUCUCAGGGGCGAGAAAAAGAGGGAAACCUGGCAUUACCAGAGUAACCAAACCUCUCGCAGGGACAUCAUCUGAUAAAUUUCAAUUUGCCUGCAUCACCGUCGAGUUUUCACCAGCUUUUCUCUGAUCAUCUUAUUAAACCAACGGUGUUUGCACGGCCAAUUUAAAAUCCUUAGGUAAAUUUACUUUUUGACAUUUUUUCUGAAUGUGUCAAUUGUAGAUUUUUAAUUUUGUUCAGUGUUGGACCGUUGACUUAUUCUUGAACACGAGAAUACGAGAGAUGCAGCAUAAUAUAUUUGCCACAAUGCGUAGUUUGAAGAUCAUGGAUGGGUGUAGGAGUAAUCAAGUCUAUCCUUUCAACCCAUACCAAGAUCAGAUCAGAACCCAAUGCACGCGGAGCAAAUCCAUUCGGAAAUCGCAAAUUCCAGACGCGAAAGCAAUCGACUUUGUUGCUGAUAAUCUUCUUCCGUAUGGCCUGCCCAAGGCUGAUCAGGUAGAACCCCAGAUUGAACCCUCUAUCAAGCCCGUUGAUUUUGUCGAAACGCUUGCGGAUAUUUAUCGUAGAAUUGAGAGUUGCCCCGAUUUGGAGAAGUCCCAUUUGUAUUUGGAGCAAUGUGCACUAUUUCGUGGCUUAUCGGAUCCGAAGUUGAUUCGGCAGAGCCUCCGGUCGGCCAGACAACAUGCAAUUGAUGUGCAUUCGAAGGUUGUCCUUGCUUCUUGGUUAAGAUAUGAGAGGAGGGAGGACGAACUUAUUGGAUCAUCGUCGAUGUAUUGUUGUGGACGAUAUAUUGAAUGUCCUGUGGCGAAUUUAGUAGCUGGCUAUGACCCAGAAUCGGUAUAUGAACCUUGUAUGUGUUAUCGUAAUCCUCGAGAGGACGCUGAUGACAUAACCAUGAUGGACGAUGAGGAAUGCUCAACUUCCGAGGAAGAUGACCAAGAUGGCGAUAUGUCAUUUAUCAUUGGGGACGCUGAAAUUAGGUGUAGACGAUACAAUAUCUCUUCCCUCUCGAGGCCCUUCAAAACAAUGCUGUAUGGUGGUUUCAUGGAGACAAGAAGAGAGAAGAUAAAUUUCUCGCAGAAUGGGAUUUCUGUCGAGACAAUGACGGCUGCUGAGAUAUAUAGCAGAACAAAAAGAUUGAGUCAAUUUCCUCCGCAUAUUGUUCUGGAUCUUCUAUCAUUUGCGAACAAAUUUUGUUGCGAGGAGAUGAAGUCUGCUUGCGAUGUUCAUUUGGCAUCUCUAGUUUGUGACAUGGAGGAUGCCAUGUUGUUGAUUGAAUAUGGAUUGGAGGAGACGGCGCAUAUUCUAGUGGCAGCUUGCUUGCAGGUGUUGUUGAGAGAGCUGCCAAGUUCGAUGCAUAGUCCAAAUGUCGUGAGAAUAUUUUGUUGUCCAGAGGGUAGGGAUAGACUAGCUAUGACAGGUCAUGCAUCCUUUUUGUUAUAUUAUUUUUUAAGUCAGAUUGCGAUGGAGGAAGAGAUGAAAUCUAACACAACUGUGAUGCUCUUGGAGAGAUUAGGAGAGUGUGCUGAAGAAGGAUGGCAAAAACAACUUGCAUUUCACCAAUUAGGUGUUGUUAUGCUUGAGAGAGAAGAGUACAAAGAUGCGCAGUGUUGGUUUGAGGCAGCAGCUGGGGCAGGACAUAUUUAUUCUUUAGUGGGUGCUGCAAGGGGAAAGUAUAAGCGCGGUCACAAAUAUACAGCAUUUAAGAUGAUGAAUUCCCUUAUCUCUGAUUGUAAACCUGUUGGCUGGAUGUAUCAAGAAAGGUCUUUGUAUUGUAUUGGGAGGGAAAAAUUGAUGGACUUGCUCUCUGCGACUGAAUUAGAUCCAACUCUUUCUUUUCCAUACAAAUAUCGAGCUGUUUCUUUGCUGGAGGAGAACAAGAUUGAAGCUGCCAUUUCAGAAGUUAACAAGAUAAUCAGUUUUAAGGUUUCUCCUGAUUGCCUUGAAUUGAGAGCUUGGUUUUUGAUUGCUAUGAAGGAUUAUGAAGGAGCCUUAAGAGAUGUGCAGGCACUUGUGACGCUGGAUCCUAACUACAUGAUGUUCUUUGGACGGAUGCCUGCUGACGACUUGACAGAACUCCUUCGUCCUGCAGUUCAGCAGUGGAAUCAGGCUGAAUGCUGGAUCCAAUUGUAUGACAGAUGGUCCUCUGUUGAUGAUAUUGGCUCUCUGGCUGUUGUACACCAUAUGUUAGAAAAUGACCCAGGAAAAAGUCUUUUGCGGUUUCGACAAUCUCUCCUCCUGUUAAGGUUAAACUGUCCAAAGGCAGCUAUGCGUAGCCUGCGGCUGGCUAGAAAUUAUUCUAAUUCUGAGCAUGAAAGGCUCGUCUAUGAAGGGUGGAUAUUGUAUGACACUGGUCUGCGGGAAGAAGCUUUGGCAAAGGCUGAGGAGUCUAUUUCCAUCCAGAGAUCAUUUGAGGCUUUCUUUCUCAAGGCAUAUGCCUUAGCAGACUCAAGUCUUGAUGCCGAGACUGCAAAGUACGUUAUUCAUCUUUUAGAGGAAGCGCUUAGUUGCCCUUCAGAUGGUCUUCGGAAAGGACAAGCACUAAAUAAUCUAGGAAGUAUCUACGUAGAUUGUGAUAAGCUGGACAAUGCUGCUGACUGCUAUAUGAAUGCGCUCAACAUCAAGCAUACACGAGCACAUCAGGGGCUAGCACGUGUGUAUCAUCUAAAAAAUCAACGUAAAGAUGCAUAUGAUGAGAUGACAAAACUUAUAGAAAAGGCUCAGAAUAAUGCAUCAGCUUAUGAGAAACGUUCAGAAUAUUGUGAACGUGACAGGGCUGAGAGUGAUCUUAGUAUGGCAACAGAGUUGGAUCCUCUAAGGACAUAUCCAUACAAAUACAGGGCAGCAGCUUUGAUGGAUGAUCACAAAGAAGCCGAAGCAAUAGCUGAGCUUACAAGGGCCAUUAGAUUCAAGCCAGAUGUUCAACUGUUGUAUCUUCGAGCAGCAUUUUAUGAAUCAAUGAGUGAUUUUAUUUCCACCAUCAGAGACUGUGAAGCUGCCCUUUGUCUUGAUCCCAGCAAUGCUGAGAUGAUGGAGCUUCGUGAUAAAGCAAAGGGACAAAUUAAUGAACAAAAGUUGGGCGAUUAGGUGAUGGCGAUUUUUCUCCUUGCGUUACCUCUGGCAGACAUGCAGCCUAUUCUUGCCUUCUAGUACUUACAGGAAGACCCUGUGAUGAUUGGUGCUGUUUAUCUACGGGACAAGACUGAGCCUUUUGAAAGCUGAGAUUGCAGAAGAGAGGCGUUAAAAGGUAAUUUGGAUUCAGAUAGAAGAUGAAGUAGAGAAGAGGAGCAGGAUAGCUUGUAAAU